AUGCCAUCCAUAUCAUCAAAGUACUCAAUUUUUAUGCGAGUACAUCUAGAAAUGUUCAAUAAAGCUGGACGUGCUGAGUGUUCUUUAUAUCCAAGUGUUCCUAGUAAAUCAGAUGAAAAUGGUUUUCUAACAGUCACACCAGUCCUUUAUCAGUACGAUAAGGAACUUGAUUCAACACAGCGAAGUGCAAUUCGAAAAGGCGCUGUGUUCGGUGCGUUCAUGGGUUGGAUCUCUUUUAUAAACUACUUGGUUUAUGCUGUCGGUUUCGUUUUUGGCUCAGUUCUUAUGUCAUUUGAUAGCCUUCAUGCCACUAGUAUCAAUCAUAUUCUUAUUAUUGUUACAUUAUUUUCUCAAAGCAUUCAGUUUAUGGGAUCCAUUGCCCCUUUACUUCAAUCAUUUUCAGAAGGUCGAGGCGCAGCAGCGACUGUAUUCCAACUGAUUGAAGAGGAGCAAGAUCCCGAUGUCAAUGAAAAUGAUUUGUUGAGGGUGGAAAAUGUAAAUAAUGAAUCAAUUACGAUUCGUACCGGCGACAUACAGUUUGAUCAUGUUAGUUUGGUUUAUCCUUCUCGGAAAGAUGCACCAGUUUUGAAAGAGGUUGAUGUGACCUUUCGUGCUAAUCAAACAACUGCUCUCGUUGGUUCAAGUGGUAGCGGGAAAAGUACAUGUAUAUCCCUUCUUCUUCGUUUUUAUGAACCUUCAUCGGGUAACAUAACUAUUGCCGGCAGACCUAUUACAGAUUACAGUAUAAACCAGCUUCGACAAAGUAUUAGCGUUGUUAGCCAAGAACCUGUUUUAUUCAAUAUGAGUAUUUAUGAAAAUAUUCGUUUGGGUAAACUGAAUGCAACACAUCAAGAGAUUGAAGCAGCUGCCAGAGAAGCUAACGCACACGAUUUUAUCAUGAAACUACCUGAUAAAUAUGAUACAUUCGUUGGCGAGCGCGGUACUCGUCUUAGCGGAGGUGAAAAGCAACGUAUCGCCUUAGCUCGUGCACUUGUGAAGCAGCCUAGAAUCCUGUUAUUAGAUGAGGCAACAAGCGCUUUAGACAAUGCCAAUGAAAAAACUAUUCAAGUAGCACUGGAUCGCGCAUCAAAAAAUCGUACCACUAUUGCUAUUGCUCAUCGUUUGAGAACCAUUCAAAACGUAGACCAUAUUUAUGUGUUAGACAACGGAACAGUCAUUGAAGAUGGCACACAUCAUACUUUGAUGGCAAAAGAAGAUGGAAAAUACCAAAGAAUGUUUAAAAUACAAGAGCAAACACGAAUGGACGCCGAAGACGAAAACGAUUUCAUAACCAAUGCAAAUAUCACAUCUGAAUAUGAAAGACAAACAUGUACGUGA